CUGCCUUGGCUGCCGCUGCCGCUGCCGCCACCCAGCAGCCAGCCUGCCCAGGGCUGAGGCCUGACGGGCCAGGCGUCUAGGGCCGAGGGCAGAAGCAGAGCGCUAGGGGGCGGCCCGCGUGGCUCCUCGGAAGGCCCCGGCAGGAGGGCGGGGUGGGGAGGAGAUUAGGGGGCAGGUGCGAGGGAGGGAAGAGAAGAAAGCAGGCGGCUAGGGGGCGGUUACCACCCUUGCCGGACUCGCCCAGCACGUUGAGGGGGCCCUCAGUGUGCGGCGGGGAAGCAGCGGAGCCAGACGCUGCGCCCAAGAUCUUUCUAUAGACAGUAGAAACAAGGCUCCUACAAGUGCCUUUGUGCUGAGUCCUUGGGAAAAACUUCCCUGAUCCAAUCUGCCACACUUGAAAAAGAGAAGGAUGCACCAUGAUGAAACGUCAUAGACCCGUCAGCACCAGUGACAGUUCAGAUGAAUGUCCUUCCACCUCUUUUACUUCUGGCUCAAUGUAUAAGAAGAAGUCAAAAGAUGCCAAGGAACAUAAGAAAUCUGCUGAGGUAUUCCGAAAGGACCUCAUCAGUGCCAUGAAAAUUCCUGACUCUCAUCAUGUUAAUCCAGACAGCUAUUACCUCUUUACUGACACAUGGAAGGAAGAAUGGGAAAAAGGUGUUCAAGUACCUGCCAAUCCAGAUUGUGUUCCAACACCUUCUCUCAGGAUUAUAUCUGAAAAAGUAAAGGAUGUUCUCUUUGUCCGGCCCCGGAAAUACAUCCGUUACUCUAGCCCAGAGUCUGCAGAGCCUGGCUAUAUCAAUACCCUGGAGCUGGCAGCAUCUACAUGCCGAUAUGAUCUAGAUGACAUGGACAUCUUCUGGCUUCAGGAACUUAAUGAAGACCUUGGAGAAAUGGGUUAUGGACCAAUUGAUGAGACUCUUAUGGAAAAGACAAUAGAAGUCCUGGAACGCCUCUGCCAUGAAAAUAUGAACCAUGCUAUUGAGACAGAGGAAGGUCUAGGAAUAGAAUAUGAUGAAGAUGUGAUUUGUGAUGUCUGCCAGUCUCCAGACAGUGAAGAAGGGAAUGAUAUGGUAUUUUGCGAUAAGUGUAAUGUCUGUGUGCAUCAGGCAUGCUAUGGUAUCCUCAAGAUUCCAGAAGGCAGCUGGCUGUGUCGCUCCUGUGUCCUGGGCAUUUAUCCACAGUGUGUUUUAUGCCCUAAGAAAGGUGGAGCCAUGAAGACCACCAGGACCGGGAACAAAUGGGCUCAUGUCAGCUGUGCCUUGUGGAUUCCUGAGGUAAGCAUCGCCUGUCCCGAGAGAAUGGAACCAAUCACAAAAAUCUCUCAUAUUCCACCUCGGCGAUGGGCCUUAGUUUGCAGCCUGUGCAAGUUGAAGACCGGAGCUUGCAUCCAGUGCUCUGUGAAAAGCUGUAUCACCGCUUUCCAUGUCACCUGUGCCUUUGAGCAUGGCCUAGAAAUGAAGACCAUUCUAGAUGAGGGGGAUGAAGUAAAAUUCAAGUCAUUUUGCCUCAAGCAUAGCCAAAACAAGCCAAAACCCGGGGAAGCCGAGUACCAUCAUCACAGAGUUGCUGAGCAGAGCCAGGCAAAAGGCGAAAAGAUCAGCCUAAGGGCACAGAAGCUUCGAGAGCUAGAAGAAGAAUUUUAUACUUUGGUUCAGGUAGAUGAUGUUGCCAAAGAGCUGGGGCUGUCUACGUUAACUGUCGACUUUAUAUAUAACUACUGGAAACUCAAGCGUAAAAGCAACUUCAAUAAGCCAUUAAUUCCUCCAAAAGAGGAGGAAGAAAAUGGCUUGGUACAGCCAAAAGAAGAAAGCAUUCAUACUCGCAUGAGAAUGUUUAUGCACCUGCGGCAGGACCUAGAGAGGGUCCGAAAUCUAUGCUACAUGAUAAGCAGGCGAGAGAAGCUUAAACUAUCACACACCAAAGUGCAGGAACAGAUCUUCGGUUUGCAAGUUCAGCUUAUCAAUGAUCAAAUUGAAGAAGGAGCUCCUUUGACAAAUGCACUAGAAAACUCAUUGUUUUACCCACCACCACGAAUUACCUUGAAGUUAAAAAUGCCUAAAUCUGAAGAUUGCAGAGAUAGCUCUACCGAAACUGAGCAACAACCCUCCUCUUCUGGCAGCAGCUCACCUGGUCACAAUAAAAGAAGCCCACAGAUGCCUGAGGAGCCACUGAAUAGAGAUGUGAAAAGAUAUCCAAGAUAUCCACUGGAAAGCAAGAGUAAUUGUCUGUCAGCUAGCAAAAGUAAUUCUCGAAGUGAAACCAGGAGUUCUAGUCCUGCAUGGGGAACUCCAUCUGCAGAGUUCUAUCAUGGGCAAUCAUCAGGGAAGCCUCUAGCCCUUCAGGCUGCCCUUCACGGACAGACAUCUGUUGGGAACGGGAAGAGUCAGCCUAACUCCAGGGUUGCCAGUUCCAAUGGCCUGGAAGGCAACUGGUCUGGGGACAUCACCCAGAAAGAUAAUUCAGAUGAGGUGUUCUGUGACCAAGAGUCUAUGCUCAGCUCCAACUUGCCCAGUCAGGGCAACGUUAGAAAACCUGGCAUAGAACAUUUUAGCAGGUCCUUUAAGGAGGCCACCAAUACAUGGGUGAGGCCCACUGAGGAUCUCCAGUACUAUGUUAAGUCAACUAAAAAUGUGAGCCCUAAAGAGCAGUUGUGGGGUAGACAGUUUCUCAGGCGGUCCACGGGAAGAGCUUCUUAUCAGGAAACUGAUGGGUACUGCCCUGAUUUGGAACUAAGCGAUUCAGAAGUAGAGGGGGAGGUAAAUAGUGAGGCAACAAGAGUAAAGAGAGAGAGUUCUGAUCGAGAAAAUCCUUCCCUUGAUUCUGCACAAGAGUGCCACGGAAAAAGCAAGACAAAUCCCCAUUCUCACAGCUCAAUGCAAAGAUGAUCAGAAACAUCUAAGAAUAACCUUUGCCCUAUAUGCUGGGGGAAAUCUAAACACCAAAAGGUUUCUAGUGGAUAUUAAAAUGAUUUGAAAUUUUUGAAAAAGUUUCUUGUCUAGUUUUUAUAAGCACAUUACAAGAGUUGCAGAUUGUCGGGUUACUUUAUCGGAGGCUGAUGGAAACAAUUGGGCCCAGAGUAUUUCCUCAGUGAAUACUUCAGGGCAGCUUGCCAGUUAUAUUAACACACUGAUUAAUCAACAUAUUAAGAAUCCUUGCAUUGUCAAUGGAUUUGCAAGAGAGCAUGACUGACACUAAAACUUCUUAUCUUUUGAAGCUAUAGCGUGUUCCCUUAAAGCUCAUGUCUGUAAAAAGUUUCUAAUGCCACUGGUAUCUGUAAAACCUCUUCAAGGGAAAAACCAGGAGAGUAACAUUCUCAGAUAUUGUCACUUAACAAGUGUCUUCCUUGCUUUAUGCAAGGUUGAGUUUCUUUAACAGAAUCGUAUUUUACAAAGUCAAUUCUCCUAAGUGUCCAGUGCCUGUUCCUAGACCUGCUUGUUGGGGACAUACUCACAACUCUCUUAUACAGGUAACAAGCUAAAUUGUGGAUAGUGUUUACAAAGUACAAAAGUACUACUUCCAAGGAAAAUGCUCUGCUUCUCAAGGCAUAUGUGAAGACAGCCAGAGCCUUUCCCAAAGUGUGACCUUUUCUGGGAUAUUUGUACCAGGUCAGGGUUUUUUUUUUUGUGUUGUUUUCAAAUAAGUUUGACUAGAGUUUUGCUGACAGUUUUUGUAUACCUGCUUUAAUGUUUAUAAAAUUUUUAUUGAGGUAUAAUUAAAAUAUAGUGUAAUGCACAGAGGCUUAAGUAUUCUUACCUGCUUUAAUUUUGAAACAGAUUUUUAUUAUCAGACAGAAAUUUGAAAGCAUGUGUUUAACACAUGGAUAUAAUUUAGCUUUGUAAGAAUUUUGAAUCUAAGGCAAUUUCCCAAGCAUAAUAGUUGGAGCCAUUUUUCAGAACUUGCUUAUACCACAUUACCAAAUAAUCAGCCUUGAGUCAUUUCUAGAGGAAGAGAAAUUUGAAGCAGAGGAUGAAACAAGUCUGUUUCCCAUUUAAGAAAAAGGGGAAAGUAGUAGUUUGUAAAAAUGUGAGGCAGACUAAUUCUCAGCUCCCUUUUCUUCUUAGCCUUAAAAUAAUAUCUCUUUCUUCUAGUUUGGGAACAUAGAGAAAAUUUUCAAAUAAGAGGCCAUUUUCAAUUUUUGAAGUUUCAUGCUGGUAAAAAAAAAAAAAAAGCCAGCUGCAGUAGGUGCCAGUGAGAGGGCAGUAGCCCUCUAGCCAAUGCUAUGGAGCUAGGAAACUAAGCAGUUUACCUGUCCCCCACUUUCAUUCUUAGAGCCUUGUUAAAGGUUUCUUUUGAGUUUUUUUUUUCCCUCUUCUGAAAAUUUCUGUAUUUUGCUUCUCCUUUGUCUGCAUCUUCAAAAUGUUUCUCAUGUGCCUAUGAACAUGUGUGAACAUAACAUAACGUGUAGUAGGUGUUCUGUAUUUUGUUUUAGUUGAAAAAUGAGGAAGAGAAUUUCUUCUCUUCAACACUCAGCUUCAGUGCUUAUUUGAAUACUCAUAGGGAAUAUAUAAAUUUGACACUUUUGUGGUAAUGAGAGUAUAAUGGAGUUGAGUUGUAAAUUUCUUACAUUAAAGCCAGUGGCUUGCCAGUGGUCUUUCUUGCCUUUGAAUUCUGAGUUGGGGGAAAGCAAACAUAGAAACAGUGCUUUAGCCAAAUUCUAUAUGUAAUACCACUAAGAGAGUAUUGCCUGAAAUAUCAUUCAAGUCAGGGAGAUUAAAAUGGUAAUUUUUUACAGAAUUUUUCUAGGUAAAUAAAUGAGCCUUCAGUUGCAUACAUUCCAAAUGCUCCAAAAUGCAUUUUGUUUUUUGAAGUAUUACCUCUUGUUAAUGUUUUUCAUCUUGUCUUAUGUAAUUCAAGU